UUUUGGUUUCCUUCCUAAAAGACCUCGUACUAAUUAGAGUUGGACAUUUUUUUAUAUAUUAGACAUCAUUUGUUCAAUUCUCCAAUGUGAGACUUAGUUUGUUAUCUCACAUUCUCCCCCUCAAACUAAUGAUCACUUUCAUCUCGUGUUCCAUAAUUGACUUCUAGAAUCUUUUGACUUGAUCUCUGCCACACACCUCUCAUUUCUAACUCAUAGGAUACCAUUCAUCUCUCGAAGCAUAUAUUGGUCUUUUUGCAGAUUUCUCGUUAACCACUCUGAUACCAAUUGUUGGGUUUGUUAAAGCCCAUGUCCAACUCUAUAUUUUUCGAUUAAUACGAUAUUGUCCACUUUGGAUCUAAGAGGUAAGCCCGCAUGAAUUUACUUUUGGUUUCCUUCCGAAAAUAUCUCAUACUAAUUAGAAUUGGAUAUAAAGCCAUUUUUUGUCUAAUUCUCUAAUAUGUAACUUAGUUUGUUAUCUCACGUCCUGUGUUUCCGUCAAUGGUGGGAUGAUUUGAUCCUUUUGAAUUCCACUCUCUCUCUUUAUGCCAACGGGCAGCGAAUAGAGCAGAGAAAUAAUUAACGAGCCAAUAUGUAAGCCCAUUAAAGGCCCAUGAACCUUCCUUUGACUCACUGCCACUGACUCACAGUGGCCGCACAGAGAUGAUACGACGCCAUAACUAUACCUCCGAGCCAUGUCCUCUUGCCUUCACUUUUCUCCCUCCCGUAUCUCAACCGCUUCCGUUUUCCCGCCACAAACCUCCUUACCUUCUUCGCGCCACACCAACCUCCGCAGCACUAGCCGAAGUCUCCAACGCCGUUGAUGGCUCCCCUUCGAAACUCAUCUCUCAGCAACGCUCUCCGGAGUUUUGGAUCGACACCCUCCGCUCGAAAGUCCGAUCAAAUCUCCUCCGUGAAGCCGUCUUAACUUACAUCGACAUGAUCGUCUCCGGUAUAACGCCCGACAACUUCGCCUUCCCCGCUCUGCUAAAAGCCGUCGCCGACCUCCGCGACGCGGAUUUGGGGAAGCAGAUCCACGCCCACGUGUAUAAAUUCGGAUACGGAGUCGACUCCGUGACCGUCGCGAACACCCUCGUGAAUUUCUAUAGAAAGUGCGGAGACUUCGGAGAUGUCUACAAGGUGUUCGAUAGAAUUACCGAGAGAAACCAAGUCUCUUGGAACUCGUUGAUUUCUUCGCUGUGUAGCUUCGAGAAGUGGGAGAUGGCGUUGGAGGCUUUCCGGCGUAUGUUGGAUGAGGAUGUUGAGCCUAGUUCGUUUACUUUGGUGAGUGUGGCUAUAGCUUGCUCGAAUUUGAGUGAGGGGUUGUUGCUUGGUAAGCAGGUUCACGCGUUUAGUUUGAGGAAGGGUGAGUUGAAUUCGUUUAUGGUGAACACGUUGGUGGCUAUGUAUGGUAAGCUGGGGAAGUUAGGGUCUUCUAAAGCUUUGCUUGGGAGUUUUGAAGGUCGUGAUUUGGUGACGUGGAACACUGUGUUGAGCUCUUUGUGUCAGAGCGAGGAGUUUCUCGAGGCGUUGGAGUAUUUGCGUGAGAUGGUGUUGAAUGGUGUUGAGCCUGAUGGGUUUACUAUUUCGAGUGUUCUUCCCGUCUGUUCACACUUGGAGUUGUUGAGGACAGGGAAGGAGAUGCACGCCUACGCUUUGAAAAACGGGUCUUUGGAUGAGAAUUCUUUUGUUGGGAGUGCUUUGGUUGAUAUGUAUUGUAACUGCAAGCGAGUGGUGAGUGCUCGUCGUGUGUUUGAUGGAAUCUUUGAUAGAAAGAUUGGUCUUUGGAAUGCUAUGAUCGCUGGGUAUGCGCAGAACGAGCGUGACGAGGAAGCUUUGUCUCUGUUUAUUGAAAUGGAAGGAAGUGCUGGGCUUUUGGCUAACACAACCACAAUGGCAAGCGUUGUCCCUGCUUGUGUCCGUUCUAAUGCAUUCUCUAGAAAAGAAGCGAUCCAUGGUUUUGUUGUGAAAAGAGGUCUAGGAGAAGACAGGUUUGUGCAGAACGCAUUGAUGGAUAUGUAUUCUAGGCUGGGGAACAUCGAUAUCGCCGAGAUGAUAUUUAGUAAAUUGGAAGAUAAAGAUUUAGUUACGUGGAACACCAUGAUUACAGGUUAUGUAUUCUCAGAAUGCCAUGAGGAUGCGCUUCUUCUGCUACACAAGAUGCAAAACUUUGAAAGAAAAGCUGAUCUGAAACCCAAUUCCAUCACUCUGAUGACAAUCCUCCCCAGUUGUGCUGCACUGUCAGCAUUAGCAAAGGGGAAAGAGAUCCAUGCUUACUCCAUCAAGAACAAUUUGGCAACUGGUGUGGCUGUAGGAAGCGCUUUAGUCGACAUGUACGCAAAAUGUGGCUGCCUCCACAACGCGAGAAAAGUGUUUGAUCAGAUUCCAAUCAGAAACGUCAUAACUUGGAAUGUCAUUAUAAUGGCAUACGGGAUGCACGGAAACGGGCAAGACGCCAUAGAUCUGCUCAAGAUGAUGAUAGUACAGAAAGUAAAACCAAACGAGGUUACGUUCAUCUCAGUGUUUGCAGCUUGUAGCCACUCAGGGAUGGUGGAUGAAGGAUUGAGAAUAUUCUACAACAUGCAAAACGAAUACGGUGUUGAACCUAGCUCAGAUCAUUACGCAUGUGUUGUAGAUUUGCUUGGAAGGGCUGGUAGAGUUGGAGAAGCGUAUCAGCUCAUGAACACGAUGCCUCUUGAUUUCAACAAAGCUGGAGCUUGGAGUAGUCUCCUAGGUGCUUGCAGGAUUCACAAUAACCUAGAAAUUGGAGAAAUAGCUGCUCAGAAUCUCGUUCGGCUUGAACCAGACGUAGCUAGUCACUAUGUGCUACUUGCCAAUAUAUAUUCAUCAGCAGGUCUUUGGGAGAAAGCAACAGAGGUAAGGAGAAAAAUGAGAGAGAAAGGGGUGAGAAAAGAACCUGGAUGUAGCUGGAUCGAGCAUGGAGAUGAAGUACAUAAAUUCAUAGCCGGCGACUCGUCUCACCCGCAAAGCGAGAAGCUCCAUGGAUAUCUGGAGACCUUGUGGGAGAAAAUGAGAAAAGAAGGUUAUGUACCUGACACGUCUUGUGUGCUUCACAAUGUAGAAGAAGAUGAAAAGGAGGUUUUGCUAUGUGGACACAGUGAGAAGCUAGCGAUUGCGUUUGGGAUACUCAACACAUCACCGGGUACUGUUAUAAGGGUGGCUAAAAACCUGAGGGUUUGUAAUGACUGUCAUCAAGCUACAAAGUUUAUCUCAAGGAUUGUUGACAGAGAAAUCAUAUUGAGAGAUGUUAGGAGGUUUCAUCAUUUUAAGAAUGGAACUUGCUCCUGUGGAGACUAUUGGUGACACAUUAUGUUUAAAAAUUAUCUUCUUUCUCCACUGUAUAAUACUGUAAGUGUUGAUUCUUGUAUAAUCCACAGUUGAGCAAUAAAAAUUUCAAUCUUUUAAAAAA